AUGGCGACGACCGUCCUAUCUGGUGCUGCCUUUGGCAGCGCCCUCGUGGCGGCUGGCGUCUACCAGCCCUCCGUCAUCAUCGCCCAGCUCAAGCUCGAGAACUGGCACAUGGUUCAGGCCUUCCUCGCAGCCGCGGCCAGCAGCACACCCCCAAGCUUUAUUGUUUAUACCCUGGACAAUGUGGGCUACGUCCGCCCCAAGCCCCGUAGCCCCUCUCGUCUGGGCCUCUUCUCUCAGUACGACGGCAACAUCCUCGGCGGAGCGCUCCUCGGCGCCGGCAUGGCCCUCACGGGCUCCUGCCCGGGCACCGUUCUCGCCCAGAUCGCCGUCGGCACCAAGUCGGGGGUCUACGUCCUGGCCGGCGCCGCCCUCGCCGGCAUUGCGUGGACGGGUUCCCUGCAGAGGCUCAUCACCAGCAACGCCGGCGCCGCGGGGCCCGAGAACCCGAAGCUCACCGUUCACGAGCGCAUUGGCGUCAACAGGACCGUGGCGUUCGUCGGAUUCGAGGCCCUCUUCGUGGGCGUCGUCUACGCGAGCAUGAAGUACACCCCCGCGAGCCCCUAUGCCGUCGUCGCACCCACGAUCGGCGGUCUCCUGAUCGGCCUCGCGCAGCUUGUCUCUCUCCUCACACGCAAGUCGAUGCUUGGUGUGUCGACGUCGUACGACGAAAUUGGGCGCUAUUUCUGGUGGGCUGUCCGUGGCGGCGGGGAGAAGGGGAAGCCUGCAUCGUAUAGCAACAUCCUCUUCUCUGCGAGCUUGGCUGCCGGCGCGUGGGCCGUCGCAAAGAUAUACCCAGAAUUUGCGCUCGGCGCUGGCGAAACGAUUGUCUCGCCUUCAUUGGCCGCCGUGGGAGGUUUUCUCAUUGGGCUGGGCUCCAGGAUAGCGGGUGGUUGCACAUCCGGACACGGGCUCAGUGGUGCCUCAGUGUUCUCGACGGCCAGCUUCGUCACCGUUGUUUCAAUGUUUGGUGCCGGAGCCCUGGUUGCCCCGUAUUUCUACUAG